CAUCACUGUUUAGUGUACAAUGGGUUCUCUUAUCACUAAGUUGUGCUUCCUUCUCUUGGUAUGGUAUUCUCUGAUUUGUCUCUCUUCUAGUGUACCUGAUGAAUAUACCAUUUCAAAUCUUGAUCUAGACAAGUUUACUUCUGAUAAAGAAAUCUUCCAACUUUUCCAAAUGUGGAAGGAGGAGACUAAACGACAUUACCAAACCAUGAGAGAGGAGGCACAAAGAUUUGAGACUUUCAAAACGAAUUUGAAGCAUAUCAGAGAGAAAAAUGCACAACGAAAGUCUCUCUAUGACUAUCGUUUGGGUUUGAACAAGUUCUCAGAUAUGAGUUAUGAAGAGUUCAGUAAAAUCUACUUACAUGGGAUGAAACAGCCCAUAAUCAAAAGCAAAAAGGGCCAUGCUGAGUUGAAAAGUGGCUCAUGUGCCAAUGCACCUUCUUCACUAGAUUGGAGGCAAUCUGGAGCUGUAACUUAUGUCAAAGACCAAGGCGCAUGUGGAAGUUGUUGGGCAUUCUCUGCUACUGGGGCCAUUGAAGGAAUAACACAAAUAGUCACACAAUGUCUUCCAAGCCUUUCAGAACAACAACUUGUGUCUUGUGAUAAGUACAGUCGUGGCUGUUGAGGAGGCUUUCACUCAAAUGCAUUUCAAUAUGUUAUUGACAAUGGUGGUAUUGCCACAGAAAGAGAUUAUCCUUAUACAGCUAAUGAUAGUACUUGUAAUACCACAUUGGUUUGUGCUCUUUUAUAUCCCUUUCCCAUCUUAUCUUACAUAUAUUGAUUUUGUACUUCAUUAUAUAUGUGAACUAUCUUCUUUGAUAUUGAUCAAUCAGGCUAAGAAGAUAUUUGCAACUAUUGAUGGCUAUAAUUGGGUAACAUCUUUAUCAGAAGAGUCACUUUUUUGUGCUGUCAUUAACCAACCUCUUAGUGUUGCCGUAUAUGCAGGCCCAGAAUUCAUGAGAUACAAGAGUGGAAUAUAUGAUGGGGUUAAUGAUUGCUCGAGCAUUGAUCCAUGUUAUAUGAAUCAUUCUGUAUUGAUUGUGGGAUAUGGUUCAUGGGGCACUGGUCAAGAUUACUGGAUUGUGAAGAACUCGUGGGGAACUUCCUGGGGACUUGAUGGUUAUAUCUUGAUCAAGAGAAACACUGGUAACGACUAUGGAGUUUGUAACAUAAAUUGCUAUGGCGCUUACCCAACCAAAGGCCAGAAACUUGAUGCCUCUAUGUGAAGCCAGCCUCAAGCAAUAGUUCAAUAAAGCCAGCAAUGUUCAUGUGUUAGUGGAUGUGAUCCUUGCAUUUUUUUUUUGGGGGGUGUGUGUGUGUGAAUAAGUGGCUAAUGAUUUGCCUUUCAAUAAAGUUCAAGUACUAAGCAUGGUUUGUGAAUAAAAUCUUAUCUACUCUUAUUUCAA